UGAAGUUGGCUUGAAGCACUACACCAUUCGUUAUUCCAAAACUAAAUACAGGCAGUGUUGGUCAGUUCUGGUCUAUCGAUAUGAACUACACUCGAUUUGAAUAUGGUUGCCUGCUUGCAGCGCACAAAUUGUCUUAAUAUGAACUUAUGGUGCCAAACAAACUGAAGAGACUAAAGGUAUAAAUUGGUCGAAGGAAGGACUGACAGAACUCGUCAGGACUCGUUCCAGCCAGUCCCCCUCCCCGGCUCGGUGAUACAGCUCGCCCAACGUACCCUGUGACUCGUACUUCAGUCAACCAUGCGUCUCACUUUGCUCACCCUCUUUGUUGCUCCAUUCGUCCAUGGCGUCGUCGCCGCUGCUGUUAACUCCAACAACGCUGGGCUCGACGGUCUGGCAAAGAGGCAAGAACAAUGUUACACGUUCAACGAACCCUGCUCCCUGGCUUAUGAGAAUGGGCUAUGCUGUCCCGGGUUGUUAUGUUGCGUCGACACUACUGGCUUCUCAUACUGCGAGAUUUCAGGCGACAUUUGUUACUAGUUGCGUAGUGAGAUGACAGUGGACUGUCAGAGUCAUCUUCAAGCCCUAUUUACACACCAUGUACGAAAGUCAGAAGAAAGUUCGCUACUGUGUACUUGUAGUUCGAAGAUAUUUUGCGGAGCCUUACCUUUCAAAAGCAC